CCGACAGCCAAUCCAGCCGUCCCGGGGAGGAAGAGGAGGAGCCAGGGCCGCCCCACGCCGCAGUGUUGGCGCUCGGGCCACGCUUCCCCACCUGCUCGCGCCGCUCGCCGGACCCGGAGCCCGCAGCCUCGCGCCCACACCCCGCGGGGCCGCCGCGCCGUCCUCGCGCAGACAUGGCCUCGGGGCCCGCCGCCACGCCGGUGAAGAUUGGAAUAAUUGGAGGAACAGGCCUGGAUGAUCCAGAAAUUUUAGAAGGAAGAACUGAAAAAUAUGUGGAUACUCCAUUUGGAAAGCCUUCUGAUGCCUUAAUUUUGGGGAAGAUAAAGAAUGUGGAUUGUGUCCUACUUGCAAGGCACGGGCGGCAGCACACCAUCAUGCCUUCGAAAGUCAACUACCAGGCCAACAUCUGGGCUCUGCGGGAGGAGGGCUGCACGCAUGUCAUAGUGACCACAGCCUGCGGCUCCUUGCGGGAGGAGAUCCAGCCUGGUGACAUCGUCAUCCUUGACCAGUUCAUCGAUAGGACCACUACAAGGCCUCAGACCUUUUACGAUGGGAGUCAUUCUUGUACGAGAGGCGUGUGCCACAUUCCAAUGGCUGAGCCGUUCUGUCCCAAAACAAGAGAGGUCCUCAUAGAAACUGCCAAAAAGCUUGGACUCCGGUGCCACUCAAAAGGGACAAUGAUUACAAUUGAGGGACCUCGUUUCAGCUCCCGGGCAGAAAGCUUCAUGUUCCGAACCUGGGGAGCAGAUGUGAUCAAUAUGACCACUGUUCCGGAAGUGGUUCUUGCUAAGGAGGCUGGAAUUUGCUAUGCGAGUAUUGCCAUGGCAACAGAUUACGAUUGCUGGAAGGAGCAUGAGGAGGCGGUUUCAGUGGACCGGGUCUUAAAGACUCUGAAAGAAAAUGCCAAUAAAGCCAAAAGUUUACUCCUCACUACCAUACCUCAGAUAGGGUCCAUGGAAUGGUCAGAAACCCUUCAUAACCUAAAGAACAUGGCCCAGUUUUCUGUUUUAUCACCAAGACAUUAAACUAGCAUGCUUCCUCAGAAAAAAACAAGAGGACUUCCUAAUUCCGGUCACAUCGGGAAUUUCUGCUUAGCUUCAAAAACCAUGGAAAAGACAUGCAGCUUCCAGGCCCUUGUCCGUGAAGGAAGAAAACAUGAUAAGACAAGUUAUCAGAAAUGCUUUCUAAAAAACUUGGACUGCUUCAACAACAACAAAACAAAUUGGAAAGCAAAAGACUGGUAAUCAUGUGAGAAAAUUCUUACUCUUUAGAAAAAAAACAGGACCACACCAUUAACCCUUUCCCUAUUUAAAUUUGUACCAAUAAAGACUGGGAGGUAGCAUCUAGUUUCCUGUUGUCUUCCUGUGAAGAAGUAUGAAAAAGGUAUGACUGUAAAUUUAGGCACCCAAUUUAGGAACGUAUCUAAGGGCUUAAAAAUACUUAAAUACUUUGUGUUAGUUACAUCUCUUAAAGAUUUUUGAUAGAGUAUAUAGACUAAUGUAUAAAGAAGAAUGCUAAAUAUGUUAGUUGUCACAGCAAAUAUAACAAUCUGAAUAUAAAAAAAUGAGGUAAAUUAUGGCUUAACUCUAAUUAGAAGUUGAAGCAGAUGACAAAAAUUCAUGUUUUUAUAUCAUGUAAAUGCCCUAAAAGAAAAUUGGUUGAUCUGUAACAUGAACUAAAAAGGAAUAUAUAAGCAUUUUUUACAAAACUUAAUUUUAUUUUAAAAACCUACCUACAUGUACAAAAGACUAGGAAAGAACAAAUAUAAUUCUAUUACAUUUGAGGAGAUAUGCUGGAUAAAUUUUAAUUUUCUUUGUAUUUUUGUGUCUUCAGAUUUUUUCAACAAUGAAAAUAAUCAAAUACCAAAAUUGUUUUUAAAAUAAAAAUGGACUUAAAUCUAGUUUUUGAACACAGUGUUUCUGGUAAGCAAAAUUUAACAUAUUGAUAGGAAUAAAAGGUUAGAGUUCAUCUUUAGUUUAAAAAGGAUCAUUAAGGACAUGUGCGAGUACUUGGAUUUUGCAACAACUUAAAAUCUGAUUGUUUAAAACUGAGCUAGUCUUAAAAGUUAAACUAUAUAAAAGACUAUACACACAUUAUGGUGUGUUAUUUUUUUUAAUAUUUGGCUUUCUGAUUCUACUUUAUGAGUUGAACUAUCUUAUGUGAGUUGGUGAUUUUUAUGUUUUAAUAAAGAAAAUAGAAGCUUG